AUGGGCUUGCACUAUCCGUGCUUCCUGCCACUACCCUCAUUACGACAGCAGACGUCCAUGUCCCUCUGGAGUUCGGAGGAUGUGGGCCUGACGGCGGACUGGCGUGGUGCUUCCUGCCUUGGACGUAGUCUUAACACGAGCCUGGGCAGAGCAGGUGAGAUGAGACUUGUGUAG